ACAGAUUACAGACAGACAGACAGACAGAUAGACAGAUAGACAGGCGGACAGACAGACAGACAGGUGGACAGACAGACAGAUACAUUUUAUAUGCUGGCUCCUGCAGGGAAUGUAAACACAAAGAAACACUGAGUGAGACCCAGACUACAGACAGGAUGUUGUCCUCCAAGGACAAGCAGAGGUCGUUCGGCAACGGCCGGCUGAGAGACCAGUGGGAGAAGAGAGCGGCGAGCAUCGCAGACCAGUGCAAACAGGAAGCCGAGCUGAAGCAGAAGAGCUCCCUCAAAGUUCUCUUCUCCAAGUGGAACUAUCACUGGUCUCUUGUUUCCAACGAAGACAAGAUGAAGGUAGAGAUGUCUGAGUUCAGGCAGGCGACCAGCGGCGAAGCAGAGAACAAACCCCGAAUCCGGUUCAAAGUGGUGCCUCCGCCUCCACCCAAACCCAAACCGGCGGCCGCUCCUCCGCCUGCGCCUCCGGCCAGGAGGUCCGCGUCGCCCAGACUCCGCCGGGAGAAGCGUAAAGUGGAGGUGGACGUCUUCCGCCUGUGCUGGAAGGACUCCUGGAUGAGCCUGAAGCCUCCCAAAUACCUCUUCCUGAGAGCCAGGGAGCUGAAAAACCGAUUCCUGGGCUUCACCGCCAUCGAACUGACGACCAACACCAAGUACAAGGCCCGGAGGAGCGGCUCGGAGCCGGAGCUCAUGCUUCCUGCUCACAAGUGGAGCCGGUCCUGGAAACAGGUGAAGAGUCCAGCCCAGUCAAAGAGCUCGGGGAGCGAGAAAUACCAGUGGCAGAUCCUUAUUGAAAGAACUCUGGUUUGCAAUGCUGUGAUAGACAUUUACUCUCUCCCGGUCUGGGCUGGUACCUGGAAAAUCAUGAACUUUCCUUUCAGACAGCAGAAAAAGGACUGGGACUGUGUUUGGCCUGAGUACCAGCCAGUCCUCAGCGACAAGUCUGUUGAACUAGAGCAGCUGGAGGAGCAGGACGAGCUGGAGGACUGGGACGAUUCCUGGAUGCUGUCGGAAGAAACCGAAACCGAAGCCGACGACGAGACGCCGGCAGGGAUAAAUGAAGUGUGUGUGCCGGGAUGGAGCCGGGCCUGGAGGGCCUCCGCUGCCCCUCCCCAGGACCGGGAGGAGCGAGAGCACAGCUGGAGCCACAGCUGGAGCCUCAGCCAGCAGCUCAGGUGGCGGGCUCCGUCGCUGGCGUCGCACCAGCGGCACUGCGCCGCGCUGCAGAGGAGGCGGCGAGCCGGAAACCUCUGGCUGGCCUCACAGCUGGACCGGGACGAGGAGGGGAUGGACAGGGCGGAGUGGGCGGAGGCCUGGAGGAGUCCCAGGGCGGCGUCCAGACCGGCGGCGAGGGGCGGAGACACGUGGUGA